AACUGCUUGAACCUGGUUUCAACUGAAAAUGGAAAUGAAGACCAUUCUUCGAUCAAUCAGUUUUAAUGACAAGGACUCGGAUUCAACCAUCUCUGAAUCACCUGAAACUAAGAAGACCCUGUACAGCAGAUCCCUUAGCGGUAAAGGGACACAACGUUCAAGAAUCUCUCCAGCUGAUGUGGAGAUUAAUUUCUCUGUUAAGCCUUUAACUUUUAUGAAAGAAGAUGACAGAUAUAAAAUGCGGAGAUGGAAGCCUGUUUCCGAAAACGAUCAUGCCAAAGAAUUCUUAGCCUUGUUAUUAGGUGACGGAAGAUAUCAAGCUGCCUUGAAGUUGCAGAAGGUUUAUAGAAGCUUCCGAACUCGAAGACGGCUUGCUGAUUGUGCUGUAGUCGUUGAGCAAAGAUGGUGGAAGGUACUUGACUUUGCUGAGCUUAAAAGGAGUUCUAUAUCGUUUUUCGAAAUUGAGAAGCAAGAGACUGCAGUUUCACGCUGGUCUAGAGCGAGAACAAGAGCUGCUAAGGUGGGUAAAGGCUUGUCAAAAGACGAGAAAGCUAGGAAAUUGGCUUUGCAGCACUGGCUUGAGGCAAUUGAUCCUCGACAUCGGUAUGGACACAAUCUGCAAUUCUAUUAUCAUGCUUGGCUCCACUGUGACAGUAAACAACCAUUUUUCUAUUGGCUUGACAUAGGAGAAGGGAAAGAAUUGAACCACGAAAGAUGUCCAAGAUCAAAACUCUACCAACAAAGCAUCAAGUAUCUUGGUCCGACCGAAAGGGAGGCAUACGAAGUUGUAAUUGAGAAUGGGUUACUAAUGUAUAGACAAAGUGGGAUAGUCCUCGACACAAAAGAAGGUCCACCUGAUGCAAAGUGGAUCUUUGUCCUAAGUGUAUCUAGAAUAUUGUACGUUGCAAUGAAGAAAAAGGGUAACUUUCAACACUCGAGUUUUCUAGCCGGCGGGGCUACAUUAUCUGCUGGAAGAAUUGUGGUUGACGACGGUGUUCUUAAGGCAGUUUGGCCUCACAGUGGACAUUAUCUCCCAACAGAAGAGAAUUUUCAGGCGUUCAUGUCGUUCCUUCGAGAGAACAAUGUAGACCUCACCAAUGUAAAGAAGAGUCCGGAUGAAGAAGAUGGAGAAGCUCAUGCUAAGGUCAAGAGGAUGCCUUCGAGAAUUAAAGAGACGACAGAAGAAGAACAUUGUGACUUUGUGGAUGCUGAGACCGGCGAAAGUCCGAACUCUAAGCCCUGCAAUCAUUCAGAGCUAGAAAUAUUAACAAGGUUCAGUUCAAAAUUGUCAAGACCGGCCGAGAUUCUUAACAAAGACGAGGAAAACAUGAUUGAGGAUGAUGAGGAUGAUGAAGAAGAACCUGAAACCCCUUCAGAACAAGGAUAUGAGACAGCAGAAGAGACAUUCAUAGCUGAGGAAGAGUUCACAUUCCCAAAAUCAAAUCUGUUCGAUGAAGACAUUGAAGAAUACGAGAAACCUGUCCUCAAGGAGAAGAUAAUGAAACGGAUAGAUUCACACAAAGGAAUCAAAUCAUACCAGUUAGCUGAGCGGCUACAUUCAAGAUGGAGUACUGGUGCAGGCCCUAGAAUCAGUUGCAUGAGAGAUUACCCUUCAGAGCUUCAAUUUAGGGUUCUUGAGCAAGCUCAUUUAUCGCCAAGAGCUUCACGCUUUCCUAACCCAUCUCCUUUUGCCCGGCCGGUUAGAUCACGAGGAACAAGUCUUGGGAGAAGUCCUUUGGCUGAUGAACUUGAAAAGCUUUAGGUCGAUAUGUGACGCAACUGCUCAUGUGAUGAACUGAUCGGCUUGAAUAUUUCUUUUUUUUGGGUUUUGUUACGCAAGAUACAAAACUAGGGAUUAAUUGAAGAAUGGUCUUCUUACUUACUAUGUGUCUUCCUUGUUCUUCAAGUCAACUAUUCAUUAUUCUUUUGUUCAAGUAUAUGUCUGCAACUCUACAUACAUAAUUUGAUAAACAGAAAUUUAAUUGUUAUU